AUGGCUGCACCCCUCACACAAGGCACUGCAAAUUUUCCACCCGAGUACUUACCCAGCGGCACCGACCUCGCGGCACUACCACCAGAUGUGGUGGCCAUCCUGAAUGCAAUCGCGAACAGGCAAAGGGAUCUCGUUACUGAAUUCACACACAUGCGCCGCGAUGUCCUCAUCUUGGGCAAUUCUCAAAAGGGAACUGGUCUCGGUUUGGCUUAUGCAGAAGUGCCCUUCCUCGACGGGAGUAUGCCAACGGUGGCAGUUCCUGCUAAUCCGGGCCCCGCUCGUCCUGCGCUGCCUGAAUUGAGAACAAUUAACGACAUUCGCUCGCUGACUGGCCCUCAAGCCACAGCCUAUAUGGACGGAUAUGGUAUUGGACCAGCACCACAGCAAGUAGAACGCCGUCAGGAGAUCAUAGCCCGGUACAUAGGGUGCUACCUACCUCUUUAUUAG